AUGUUAGGGAAUUCUGGAUCCAAACCUGUGAGGACUCAUGAAGAAAUCGAAGUGACGAUCAAGGCCGCGCCACAAGAAGACCGCCAAACGUUGCGCUCCCUCGCCAGCCACAGUGGCACAUCCAAGACCACCAUCAUGCGACAUAUGGGAGUGACCAAGAAGUUCAAGGCGCCACAUCAAGCACCGACACCAACAACACGGAGCGACUGCGAGCUUGCACUUCGAGCUGCCAAGUCCAAACGUUUCAAUAAGAAGGUAAUGUUUUUGGCUGCCGUUGCUCGCCCCCGGUAUGACCCGCACCUACGUUAA